CCAGGUCUGGGGCCACCGCAUUCCGUUCAGCAAGCGACACGAUGAAGAUUGCCGUGGUCCUUUGCGUUAUCGUGGCUUGUCUCCACCCAACUGUGGGCACCUUCGGAGGCGGCGGCGGUGGCAAGAAGGGCGGCGGCGGCCAGAAGAGUCGCUACAGGGUCAUCAGCUCGUACGGCACCUACGGCCACGGCGGGGGAGGCUACGCCAAGGGCUACGGAUAUGGCGGAUACGGCCAUGGCGGCUACGGCCUGGGCCACGGCGGCUACGGCGGCCAGAAGGGCUACGGCGUUCAGAAGGGCUACCACACGGUCAUCAUUGAAGAGAUCAAGGGCGGCCAGGGCGGUGGAAAGGGAGGCCACAAGGGAGGAAAGGGAGGAAAGGGUGGCGGAUUCGGUGAGGGUUACGAAUUCAUCGGCGUGCUGCGCCCCAAGGUGCAUCAUUACCACAGCUAUGGAGCUCCCAUUGUAGCCGGAUAUGGACACGGUGGAUAUGGCGCUGGAUAUGGCACUGGUGGAUUUCCCGUUGGACAUGGUGGAUUUGCCCCUGGUUAUGGUGGGCAUGUUGUGAGCCAGCCGAUUGUGUAUGGAGGCGACAGUUACGGUGCUUACUAACAAGCACAACGAUUGACAAGUAGUGAACUGUUGGUUUUUUUGUGUAGGUAUUAUUGUUUGCGGAGUAGAUAUCUGUUCACUGCCGAUGUUGUUAUUGUUGUGUUUUACCUGAUUUGAAUACAUCAUGA